ACCACCAAAGGUGCUCCCAGAAGAUGCUCUGUCCUGCAGCAUGCACCAGCCCUCUCCAUCACCUGCGGCCCCGGGCCAGGGCAAUUCAGCUGUCCUCAGGUGAAGGCUUUGCUUUCUCCAGCUCACUGUCCCUGAGGUCCCCAUCUGAGUGGCACGGUGGGACCAUGGAGGCAUCUGUCCCUGUGGGAGGCAUCACGGCGGCUCUCCUCUGCUGCUGCCUCCUGAGCUCUGCGUGGGCUCUGGUUGACCCCGAUGAUGUUCUCACAAAAGAAGAGCAGAUCUAUCUCCUGGUGGAAGCUAAGGAGAAAUGUCAGAGAGACAUAAAAGCCCAGCUGGAGAAGAUCAAAGACACCAGCUGCCUUCCAGAGUGGGACGGGAUUAUCUGCUGGCCAAAGGGCUCCCCCAGCCAGGAGGUCUCAGUGCCCUGUCCUGGCUACAUCUAUGACUUCAACCAUAAAGGUCAUGCCUACAGGUACUGCAGCGCUUAUGGGACCUGGGCCAUGGCUCUCAGCAUCAACAAGACCUGGGCCAAUUACACUGAAUGUGCUCUGCUCUUCUCCUCCGAGAGCCGGAGCCGUGAGAAGGAGGUGUUUGACCGCCUGCACAUGAUGUACACCAUCGGCUACUCCAUCUCCCUGGCCUCCCUCAUCAUUGCUGUCUGCAUCCUCUCAUACUUCAAGCGCCUGCACUGCACACGCAACUACAUCCACGUCCACCUCUUCGCCUCCUUCAUCUGCCGGGCAGUGAGCAUCUUUGUGAAGGACAUGGUCCUCUACUCAGGCACGCUGGCCAGUGAGACAGAGAAGAUACAGGAGGAUGACUUCAAGGCAGAAAUGGGUCCCUCAGUGGGACAAUCGAGUCACCUGGUUGGCUGCAAGAUGGUGGUGACUCUCUUCCUCUAUUUUCUGGCCACCAACCACUAUUGGAUCCUGGUGGAAGGUCUCUAUCUGCACAGCCUGAUCUUCAUGGCCUUCCUCUCCAACAAGAACUACCUAUGGGUCCUAAUCAUCAUUGGCUGGGGUCUCCCUGCUGUGUUUGUGUCUGUCUGGGCCAGCGUCAGGGCCUCCCUGGCGGAUACAGAGUGCUGGGACCUCAGCGCAGGGAACAUGAAGUGGAUUUAUCAGGUCCCCAUCUUGGCCGCCAUCAUGGUGAACUUCUUCCUCUUCCUCAACAUCAUCCGGGUGCUGGCCUCCAAGCUCUGGGAGACAAACACAGGGAAGCUGGACCCCCGGCAGCAGUACAGGAAACUGCUGAAGUCCACACUGGUGCUGAUGCCGCUUUUCGGAGUUCAUUAUAUGGUGUUCAUGGCCAUGCCUUACACCGAAGUCUCUGGGGUCCUAUGGCAGAUCCAGAUGCAUUACGAGAUGGUCUUUAAUUCCUCUCAGGGUUUCUUUGUGGCUUUUAUCUACUGCUUUUGCAAUGGGGAGGUGCAGGCAGAGAUUAAGAAAGCCCAUUUUCGGAGAAGCCUGGCACUGGACCUCAAGCAGAAGGCACGUGCCACCAGCGUGGCAGGGAGCUGCUGCUACGGUGGGCUGGCAUCCCAUGCCACCACAAGCUUCAGCACGAGCCUUGCAGGGCGAGGGGCAGGGAACAUGCAGCAGCAGGGGCUGCUGCUCCCUGCCCAUGCCAGCCUGCCAGGCUACAUUCCCAGCUCCUUUGCCUCAGAUAACUUUUUGCCCUGUCGAACCCAGGAGAUGAGCCAGAGAGCCUGUGGGGAAAACAUAGUGGACUUAACAGGCCUGAAUCAGUGUCACCCAAACUUAAACAAAGAGCUAGAGAUGGCGCUAUGAAGUGAACAGUGUGUCUCCCAUCUGGACAUCCAGCUAUGCCUGGAACAGUGCUGAUCCUCAUGCUUUGGGCUCCUUUUAUGCUUGUAUGGAGAGCCGAGGUAGGGGGAUAGCGGCUGGAACACCACAGUUCCCUUUUCCUCACAGCCAGUGGGCAAAGGGACCAUGUGCUCUCGCUCCUUUCACCUCCCUGGCCUACAAACAGCCAGUUCAAAACCUCAUUUCCUUCCAUCUGCAAGUGAUUUACGUAAGCAAUGUCUGUACAUACAAAGCCUUAAAUAAUGACCAGGAAACAAUCCCCCAGGCUCAGCCUUACCUCAACAGUCUGGAAGGCGACUUCAGCUCCAGCAUGUAUAAAGCUGAUUCAGUGAGCCCAUAGUCCUGAAGUCUAACUCUCCUAUUUAGCACCAAUUCCUGCAUUGUACAGCCUGGGGCAGGCAGAGUGAAUAGUGCAGUGCCCACAGAGCUAUUCUGCAGCUCACCCUGACAUUACUUGCAUCCUUGUGCAGCUCACAGGCAUGGUGAAGCCCAGCAUGCAAUGCUCAGCCACAAAUAGGGAGUGUGAAUCCCUGGGAUAUGAUGGGCUCAGGGAGGGAGGCCAAGCUUCAUGGCCUGAGAAGGGCACAGUGGAACACCUGGGUCCCCCAGGCUUUACAGCACGGUUGUCCAUGAACACACAGACCACUGCAUGCAAGAGCCUUGGCUCUGUAAUCUUUUUGCAGGCUAAAAAGUGAAUAAAGAGACAGUCUGUACAGCUUGCUUCUAUCCUCAACUCCAUUACAGACUCAAUGGUGUUAUGCACAGUGAUCACAGGUUGCCCAGAGAGC